AGAAAGAGGACUAGUGGAGGACUGGGAGGAAGAGUAGGUCCUGAAUCUUGUUCGGCUCAAGAGUAGCAGUGGCCCGCGCCGCUGUCACGACUCACACAAUCACCCCGUUCUUCGAACCCUAAUUACACACACCUCUUACUAUACUAACAAACUGCUUGAGAUGCCCCGCUCGGAGGGAACAUCAGUUGCUUCUAAGGUGGGCAACCGUAAGUUUGUCGCCACGCUGGGUGGGGUGGACUUGGACUACAGGCUUGGUUUGGUCGUGGCGGCAGCGAUCGUCUUGGCGCUCAUCGGAGGCAGCCAGCUUGAGCUGGCUGUUGCUGCUCUGGCGUUUCUCAGGACUGCCUGGGUUCGCUCGCGAACGGGCAGCCAGGCUCAAGGGGCCAAGGGCUCGGCCGAGAGCUCCAGAGGACAGCCGCAGCAGCAGCCCAGAGUGGGCCCUGCCCAGCACCAGUGCGGCGCUGACGGGCUCUCGCCACAGGCGGGAGGCGCCGCUGCUGCCGUGGAGGACGGCAGAAAACCCAAACUCCUCCGAGUUCGCGGCCGCGACCUGCGCCCGAGCACCGUCUCUUCGACUGCGAAGCGGCCGGUCUGCCAGAAGUAUCGACGACUCAUUGCUUACUUUACAGAGGACUCUAAGGGACCUGAGGACACUCCACUUCGUGCUUGGGGCCACGGUGGCGGAUAUAGAGCUGAUCAUGGAUCAUGCGCACGCGAAGCGGUGGCAACAGGCCUUAGAGGUGCUGACGGAGAUGCGGCGGCUCUCCAUCACGCCCAACGUGGCCUGCUUCACUGCACUGAUCAGCGCCUGCGACAAGGGGAAGCAACCCGAAAAGGCUCUCGAACUAUUCGACACGAUGCAAAGGGAGGGCGUUGAGCCUACGGUGGUGACGUACAACGCGCUCAUCAGCGCGUGCAGCAAUGGGCAGAUGCCGGAGAUGGCCAUGGAAAAGUGCGCGGAGAUGCAGGAGAGAGGCCUGACGCCAAACGUCGUCACCUACACGUCGCUGAUCCGUGCGUGCGGGCAGAGCCAUCACCCGCAGCGAGCCUGGGAUAUCUUCGACGCCAUGAAGGAGGCUGGUGAGACGCCCAACGUCAUCACCUUCAGCAGCCUGAUCCAAGCGGCCGAGAAGUGCCAGGAUCCCGAGAAGGGCCUCCGCAUCUUCGCUGAGAUGGAGGAGGCUGGCAUCGCGCCUUCCCUGUUCGCGUACAACAACCUGAAAAGCUGCUGGAGAAGCCAGCCACUGUAUCGCGCGCUGCAGGCCAUCCGCACCAUGGAGAACGAGGGCAAGCCACCCAGCAACGCCGCGCGUUGGGCAGUCAGGAGCGCGUGCGACCAGGGCAAGCUCGAGAGGGAACCGCAGCCGAGCACCACCGCAGCCCACAAUGCCCCGGCGCCUGAUUGCCUGACGGAGCUUUCGGAGAUGCCUCUUGAGGGGCCCAAGCCAGACGGCGUCGCCUACGCGGCUGUCAUCGGAUCGUGCGAGAAAAGCAGGCAGCCAGAGAAGGCGCUGCGGCUGUUUCAGAAGAUGCUGGACGAGGGCGUGUUGCCGGACAUCAUGGUUUUCAAUUGCGCCCUUCGCUGCUGCGAGCAGCUGGGGGAUGCGGGGAAGGCUACGGAGGUCUUCGAGAAGAUGAGUGAGAAGCAGGUGAACCCCGACGUGGACACUUACGCAACCUUGAUCAGCGUCGGCGGCAAUGGCUGUACCAUAGCCAUGGACUAUUUCAAGGAGAUGCAGGGCAGGGGGCUGACGCCCACCUGCCACGCCUACAACACGGCAAUCUCCGCGUGCAGUCACCUGAAGCGCAGGAAUGGCAAGAACGGCGUGUGCAUCGGGCUGGCCCUGGACCUCUUCCGCAGCAUGAAGGAGAGGCGAACGUCGUGCCCGACGCCGGCACGUACAGCGCCCUCAUCGCCGCCUGCGAGAGGCGGCUCUGGCCCCUGCGUGCCGAGGAGCUGUUCCGGGAGAUGGAGGCCAGCGGGCUCGAGCCCGACGUCAUCGCCUACAACGGUCUGAUAAGCUGCUGGGCCGCCAGCAAGAAGGCAGAGAGGGCAGUGCAGCUGCUGGAGGAGAUGCAGUCCAGGGGCGUGGUGCCGAACGCCGCCACCUACGGCACGCUGGCUCGGGCGUGCGAGAAUGCUGGCGAUGAGGCGAAGAUGCGCGAGUUCAAGGAUCAGGAGGCUCGCUUACAGGACAGUCACAUCAAGCCCUCGUGCACGCGCGUGGUCAGCCACCACCGUGCCAGGGCGCAGCAGAUGGUCUCGUAGGCGGCGAGUCCAUCGUUGGCAAGUCAUUCGCCGACGGGAGCUUUGAGUUCAGGCACAGGACUCUUUCCGUGGCUUGCCGAACAAAACUGCUGUGGGAGCCUGGGGCCUGGGACAAGUUGAGGGGAACUAUUGACGCUCCGCGACUCCCCACCAGCCAGCCAAUCCGAGCGUGAUUCUCAGUCGAGUUGUCUUGAUCAGGGAAGUGUAGGAGAAUGCAG